UAAAGUCUUGGCUCGCCUCCCCGUUUCUGCAUUUCCAAGGGCCCACCUGAACGCGGGGGCCGCCUUUGCGGGGCUGUGGGGGGUUUCCCCCCUCUAACCCUGAAGGGCAAGGAGCUUUCUGCCUCCAAUUUUCUCUUCCGCUCUCUCUCUCUCUGCCCGGUGGAGGUAGGAAGAGGUAGUUCAUGGCAGCCAACGGCUCUCUGGACGCACACGGCUCCCUGCUGGAUAAUGGCUUUGCCGGCCCCGACGACCUCGUUUCGGACUGGUACAUCUACGAAACCAUGGAGCCGGCCGUGCCGCAGGACGAUAUGUUUCCCAGUGUUAUCCCAGACUGCGACCCCACCAUUUCUCCCAGACUUUAUCACACCUGUAUGGCACCCAUCUCCCUGGCUGUGCUCAUUGGCUUGUCCCUGCUGGUGAAACGCAAGCGUCUCCACCCGAGCUGCUGGAAUGGCGUCCCUGGACUGCUGAGCCCAGCCAAUUUUCUGGAGGAGGAGGGAAACCAAGGGCUGGUGGCCGCGGUGUUUGGCAUCCUCUUCUCCUCCCUCUGUGUGCUGGUGCUGGACAGUGACCCCCUGCCUCUCAUCUCUGACUCAUCCCGGCGCAACCAUGAGUACUGGAAGAUCCUGGCUUUGCUCUAUUACCCUGCCUUCUACUACCCCCUGGUUGCCUGUGCCACCGUCAGGCACAGAGCCAGCUACCUCGUGGGCUGCCUGCUCUCCUGGUGCCACUGCGUGGUCCAUAUCUGGCAGAAGGUGGAUUGUCCACAGUCGCCUAAGAUAUACAGGUAUUACUCCGUGCUCUCUUACCUCCCUAUUAUCUUCUGUCUCGUGAUCUUAAGUCUUUGGUAUCCAGCCCUGCUGAUCCGGAGCUUCAUGGGGCAGGAGGAGUCCUUGGAGAAGGAGGUUACAGGGAGAGGCUAUUAUAAGAAGUACCUCAAGUCUAUCCUGUCCAAACGAUCUCAGAAGGACAGCUCCACGAAGAUAGAAAAGAGCUGCUUGUCAAGGGUCCGGACGUAUUUGUGCUCCUAUGUCUAUGCUCCCCAAGAAGGUUUCCGGAUCCCGCUGAAGCUCGUCCUGUCCAUAACCACGUCUGUGAUCGCUGUGUACCAGGUAGCCCUGCUGCUCCUCGUGGCCGUCGUUCCCACUAUUCAGAUCGUGCGGGCGGGAAUGACGAAGGACGUGGUCGUGCUGCUGGUCCAGUUUGGCCUGGUGCCCUCGGAGAACCCCGGCGGCGUCCCGGGUGACAUGGAGAUGGAGCUCAACACUGUCAAGUACUACCUGUGGUCGGUGGAAGUAUGUUACAUCUGCUCCUUGGUGCUCUGCUGCCUGCUGACGUUUGCCAUGUUGAUGAGGACCCUGGUGAUGCACAGGAACAACCUGAAGGCUUUGUACCAAGGGGCUGUGCUGGAUGUUUUCUACAAAGCCCACAUCCUGCGCCCUUCCCGACGAGCCGUCGUCUGCUGGAUGAGCUUCGCCAGCUUCCAGACUGCUUUUGCCUGCCUGGGUCUCCUCAUCCAGCAAGUGAUUUUCUUCAUCUGCUCGGUGGCUUUUACCUUCUUCUUUGUCAUCCCACUCCAAUCUGGCACGAACAUGUACCUCUUCAAAAUCCUUCAGAACAUGUGGCCCUUUUGGCUGACCCUGGUCAUUGCUGUGAUCGUGCAAAAUCUGGCAGCUCACUACCAAUUCCUGGAGCAGCAUCCCCUACGGAAGGAGCUGACCAACAGAAGAGCCCUCUAUAUAGUCACCUACUUGCUCUUCCCCAUCAAUGUUCUGGUGGGUGUCCUGGCUGGGGUCUGGAGGAUGGUCAUAUCUGCCCUUUAUAACGCCAUCCACUUCUGCCAGCUGGAUGUCAGCCUCCUGAACCGCAGCGUUGAGACCCUCGACCCAGGCUACCACACUUACUGCCACUAUCUGAAAAUCGAGGUCAGCCAGUCGCACCCGGUGAUGAAAGCCUUUUGCUUGCUGCUCCUGCAAUUACCGAGGCCUGAGGGGCAGCCAGGGCUCAGGCCCAGCAACGUGGAAGAAGGCAUCCAGCUGAUGCAGACCACGAAGGCACCGUCAAGCGGAGCCAAGUUCAAGCAGAGCCGAGCCCGGUGGUGGCUGGCCUACACGCUGCUCAACAACCCAUCGCUGAUGGCCUGCCGGAAAACAGCCCUCUCUGACCCCACGGCCAAUGGGACCCAGCUCAGUUCCCCCAAACCCUGACUGCCAGAGAAGCCCCUUGCCUUUCCUCUGCCUCCUACGUGCUCUCUUGUCCUGUCCCCGUCUCCCAUUGACUCUCCUCCUGCGCUGGCAGGAGUUUAGGACAUCUCCUCAGCCUCCUGCCCUUGCCAGCACUCACUGGGGUGGUUUUUAGCUCUAGAUCCACGCUGAGCCGCUCCCAGGAAUGAGGAGGUGAUGACGUAGCCAUGGCAAAUGGGUCACCUCCAGACCUUACUGGGGAACGGAGAGGUUGAUGAGCCAAGCUAAACAUUUCAGGAGCCUUUUAGGAAUCACUUCUGAAAUGAGCCCACCAGUUCUCAACAGUUGCCUGUUCUCUGUGUGGCAUGGCAGGCACUGAGUCUCCAACCCCAGGGCCUGAAAAGACAAUAAGGAAAGAGAGGUGGGGUGUGUGUUUUUGUGUGCGUGGAGGGAUCCCUAACCAAACUGAGCACGAGGAGCUACCUAUGUCCCCAGCAUUCCCUAGAGCCUCCCCUGUAAGGUUUGAUCCUGGCUCUCCUUGGGCACCGAAUGUAGCCCCAGGACUUUUUCCAGGUUUGAGAAGGCUGAAAUCUUGGUCUCUGCCUGCUCUGCUCUGUGCUGUGAGUUUGCAGAGCCAUUUGUUUUCAUCUCCCCGUAACUUUAGUUCUGUAGUUUGCUCUAAACUGGGAUGUUUCCUCCUCUCACCUCCCUGUGCCUCUUAUUGCCACCCCCGAUUUUGUUUAAAGCGAGAGGUUCCCCAGGACCAGCAAGCCUCUGAGUGAGCUGAGCUAGAACCAGUAGAACAGUUUUUAAACCUCACUUGGAUAUGCCAAGUUGGGGAAGA